AUGAUGCGUGAUGAUGAAAGCAGGCUCGGUGAAGCUGCAAGAGAAGCCAAGAAGAGGUUGGAUGAGAGGUUUCAACCAAAACGGAGAUCACAUAGAAAGAGCACGCAAGAGAGAAGCACAUUUCCAGAUAAAUGGGCAAAUGCUGAAUCAAGCUUAGAAUUACCAAAUUUGAAGAGAAGUGGAUUAAUGAUGAAAAGGCCGAGUUGGUUGAGAGUAAGAUGGAAAUCAUGUGAAGAAGCUAAAUGUGCUGUGUGCUUGGAACAAUUGGGGGUAGGGACGUUGAUGCAGGUGGCAUGUGCUCAUAGGUUCCACACCAAGUGCUUGGUGCCAUGGAUGGAGGCUAAUGCACUCUGCCCUUGUUGCAGGAUGGAAAUUCACCCUAGUAAUUAA